GGCGGGAGGGUGCAGCUGCUUUGUGUUGGUUUGGGGUGUCUCGAGCACUUCCUGGAUUUGAGAGUCGCCUCCGCGCGCGCAGUCCCGUCACAGCCAGCCAUCCAGCCGCGCUCCGGGACCUUUCCGCUUCCACGCGCCUUUUAAUGCACUGAAUUUACACGGAAACGCGUUCAUUUGAGCGAUAAUCUGAAUGAGAGACGCGUGCUUCCGAUUCCGUUGUCCGUUCCGCGCUUAGCUCUGUUUGGGACGGCAGCUCAUUCUAACAGGUGGUAAGCGAAUUCAGGUGGAGCUCAGUUCAGGAGGAGGAGGAGGGUGUACAGGCUAUUUCAACGACGAACGGUUUUGCCGAACGGAGCACAAACAAAAGACUUUGACAGCUAGCGUCUUAUCUGUUUUUUUAUUUUAUUUUCUAUUAUUAUUAUUAUUAUCAUUAUUAUUAUUAAAAAUCAGGCAUUUAUUGAGGGAUUGUCCCGGUGCAUCCGAGCAUUCAGAAGAGCCGAGCAGCUCGUGGUAAUUAGCUUGAGAAUCUAGUCUACAGAAUACAGGUGGGGGAGAGUGAGACAUAUAGACUGUGCGGGGGUUUUUGGACUGGUAGGAAAGCAGCCCCCUCCCCUCUGUUCCUUUGAGAGAAACCAGCACCGAUAUUGGUUCCGUUUUCCCUCUGGGACAAGAGGAGAAACGGCUCAGCAAACAGGUGCGAGGACGGACGCACGCACGCGCACACUCCUGGCUCAUUGUUUAAACGGGAUACACCUAUGUGCUGAGACUAAAUGUCCGAGAGCACGAGCUCGAGAUUUCUCACUCACAAGGGGAGAAACUAGGGGAGCGUGACGUAUUUGGAAAUAGCUCAUUUUCGAAGUCCCACUCUGACGAUUCAGAGGAGGGUUUAGGACAGAGAGAGAGAGAGAGAUGUCAGGAAGGAAGCACAACGCGGAUUCCUCGAAAAGGAGCCCGGCACCAUCCGAAUUUGAAAUGUUCGGCGAAUUUCAGGACUGGUGCCUGCGCACUUACGGAGACUCGGCCAAGACAAAGACCGUGACCCGGCGCAAAUACGACAAAAUCCUCCAGGCGCUCUCUCUGGGCGAGGACUCGGACGCCUACGCGGAUGGCAGCCACAUCAACGCCAAAUUUAAGUUCUGGGUUAAAUCCAAAGGCUUCCAAGUCGGGAACGGCGACAGCCAGAAAGACAGGAAUGGAAAAUCCGACAGACCCGUGCUGUACGUCCCCAUCAAGGCAACGUGUGUGGACAGUGCUGCCGGACAGGAGAUCUCGUCUCUGAAGAGAGUUGCCGUGGUGGAGGAUUUCUACGAUAUCAUCUACGCCAUGCAUGUGGAGAUCAGCUCUGACCAAGCCAAAGCACCCAAACAUGCUGGCCAGAAGAAAACAUAUAAAGCGAUAGCAGAGACAUAUGCGUUUCUGCCUAGAGAAGCAGUGACCCGAUUCCUGAUGGGCUGUGGAGAGUGUCAGAAGAGGAUGCACAUCAGCCCAAGUGGAGCCGAAUGCAAGGAAAAUGACCGGCCUGCGUCUCUGGCCCCUGACCUCAUCGACUACAACAUGCCUUUGACCACCACCUACCUGAAACAGAUGAAACUGCAGUGCAUUAACAACAAGGAGCAGGAUGAGAGUUCAGUGAGCAGUGAGGAGUUUGAUAUGAGCGACCCCACAUGGAUUUCAACUGAGCACCAUAACGCACGCUCAGACCUGCAUCCAGCCGCUAAUAUAGAGAGAAUGCUCAGCCCCCAAAACACACACAAAGAGGACGAUGAUGACUCUUCAUCAGAAAGUGGGAGUGGCAACGGCAUCCACAGCAUGACCCCUCCGUCUAUGGGUGUGGUGUCUGGGAGUGACGGUGCAGCGGCUGGACCAGUGACUGGGUCAUAUAGUCAGGUUAACGGAAAUAGGACAGCUGUGCCACUGGAUUUCAGCACGACUUCCUCCUCAUCCUCAGAAGAACAGCAGCCGGUGAACCUGAGAGAGCGAAUGAGUCAGGCCCUGCCCACUGCUGCAGCCAUGCUAGCCACAUUCAACCCAGAGCACUCGGAGGAGUUUCGCCGAAAAUAUCACAAACCGCCACUGGCCUCAGAGCUGCGCCUUGACCGAGACAUCAGGGACUAUGCCAACAAGUCUCCUCAGUACAGUUCAGGAAGCUAUGACUCCAUAAAAAUGGAGAUGUGCGCCGAGGACCUGACAGUCAGUCGCUCUCAGGCUGCUGAUGAUGACGAUGACGAUCACGAUGACCACGAUGACAGUGACAAGAUUAACGACACAGAGGGAGUGGACCCAGAGAGGCUGAAGGCAUUUAAUAUGUUUGUGCGUCUGUUUGUUGAUGAGAACCUGGACCGCAUGGUGCCCAUCUCCAAGCAGCCAAAAGAAAAGAUCCAGGCCAUCAUUGAAUCCUGCAGUCGCCAGUUCCCAGAGUUCCAGGAGCGUGCACGCAAGCGUAUCCGCACCUACCUCAAAUCCUGCCGCCGCAUGAAGAAGAACGGCAUGGAGACCCGGCCCACGCCACCACACUUGACCUCAGCGAUGGCAGAGAACAUUUUAGCUGCUGCUUGUGAGAGUGAAACGAGAAACGCUGCCAAGAGGAUGCGGAUGGACGUCUACCAAACACACGAGGAUCAGAUAGCUCUGGAGAAGGCUGUCUCUCGUGAGCCGGUGCCUCUGACCCACUCUGCAUAUUCUCUGGCAGCUUCUGCUUACUCCCAGGACCAGCUGUACAUCAACGGAGGCCUUGGCUACAACUACCGUGCUUUCGCUGGCUUGGCGGGCAACAUGCAGCACCCGGUCUCUCUCACGACCCCUGCUGCCCAGACCAACGGACCUACCGAUCUCAGUAUGAAGUCUCUGGCUUCAAACUCAUCUACGUCAAGCACCAACAGUCUUGGGCGGAGUGCAGGAGGAGGAGGGACCUCUGCUCAGCUCAGCCAUACUGAAGUGACAGCAGUGCGUCAGCUGAUCGCUGGCUACCGCGAAUCAGCAGCCUUCUUACUUCGCUCAGCCGAUGAGCUGGAAAACCUCAUACUACAACAGAACUGACCUGUACACUCUCCCUCUCAUCUCAUCGCCACUUUCUAUCUCUCUCAGUCUGCCUUUUAUCUUUAACUCUCGCUCCAUCACCUCAGGUCUCUAUUUGCUAGCCUCACUCUCAUCGUCAUUCUCAGAGGCAUGCACAUUUGAAGAUAUCAGGAGAGAUGAUGAAGCAUUGAUCAGUAUGCUGGCACAUUCAGAUUGCCUACAAAGAGAAACAAAGAAAGGGGGCUGAUGAAGACGGGAGCAUGCUGCAGUGCUGUAGUGCUGUGUUGACGAAGAAGAAAACACUGUUCCUGUGGGCGGGUGGCUGGCCUUGUGAAUCAUACACCUCUCCACCUCCAUGCCCUUAAGCCCAUUUACUAAAACAACUCCUUUAAUCUUUUUCCCUUUACGCUCCCUGCUUUCGAGUGCCACUAAUUUCCUGAUUUUUGUUCUUUUUUUUUCUUUCUUUUUUUUUUUGGUAAUCUGCUUUUUCACAGGAGGCAUUAUGUAGUGCCAGUACUCCUGUUUAUUAUUAAAUGAAGACACGUUUGAGUUAAGUUGAAGGAAGAUACCUGAAAAGAAGUGAAAGUUUAAAGAGAAAACAACAAAUUAGACCUUUACAUUCGCUGUACAUAAACGCGCUCUGUUCUAAAGCACUUUUUUUUUUUCACUCGCUCUGACCUCUCCUCCCUAACACUGCUUUUGCCGUAGGGAGAAAAUUGUGUAACUUAUGCAUACAAAUACAGGUGGAGCUCACCUGGAAAUACCUCAGCCUGUCCAAAUCCUCUGUGUCCCAGUUCACGUUUUCUGUCUGAGGGAGAAGAAUCCCUCCUUCUAGUACUACCUUAUGCGUCCAGUGCCUCUCCAGGAUCUAAAAGAAGGCAUGCAUAUGGAACGUGAGCUUGGUUUGUUUCUAGUUAUUUAUUUUAUUUUAUUUUAUUUUUUUGCUUCUAUAAUGUAAUGUACAUAUUCAAUUCACCAGAAGGUAUUGAUUCCAGAAAUACACUGAAAUGAAAUACACUGGAACUGGAGGAUUAGACUUAAUGGAGUGUUUUGAUCAGGUAAAGAUCUCUGCUUUAAUGAUUGGGUCUUUUGGGGCCUCUUAAAGCAUUUCAACUAUGGAUGCCAAUUCUAUACUCCACUACCUUUCUUUUGUAAUGCCAUUCUUCUGAAGUCACCUCUUCUUUCAUGCACAUGUCUGGAGCAAUGGAGGGAGCGUGAUGAAAGGAUGGAGGAAGGAUCUGUUAGUCUUUUUAUCUGUUGACUUUUUCUCAAAGGCCAUUAAUUCCACUCUGCUGCUAAGUACUUGGACUUUUACGCCACAGACCUGAAACCUCAAGCCUCCUGCACAACCAGAGCACCUCAACCUGGGAUAAAAAACAAACAAAAGACCAACAAAAAGCAAAAAAAAAAAAGCAAACAAAAAAAAAGAAGAAAAGGUCCUGAAACGGACAGUGGAAGUUUAUUCAUUUGAAUGCCGAGAAAGAGAAAUUACUGCCAUAUUAGUUUCCUGCAUUCACAUCUUGUUAGUGACCUGUAUCAUCGUUGAGGGUUGAGUUUGCUUUGUAGCUGCGUUUUGUUUCGCUUGGAGUUUAAAUGGGUGCUUAGUUCCUGAGAUCAGUAGAGGUCUGCUUCUCUAUCUGUGGCACGAGAGCUUUCACAUGCUCAAACAUGCACACAUUCCCUUACAUGUGGAGUCUCUGGGGGAACUGAAUUUUUAGAGGGAGAGAAGAGAAAAUGCAAGCUGUUUUAGUUAUUAUUGAGGUAGACUCAUGUUGGGCCUGACUGACUGGUGUGUCACUGUAAUUUGCUCCUCAUUGCACACUGAGGCAGUGCUGCUCUGCCACUGUGGAGCUCUGUGUGAAAGCUUGAGGUUGCACUGCUAGUGAGGAGCAAGAGGAAGAUAACUGCAAUGCAAAAGAUAAUCAAAUGCGUUCCUGGUCCUAAAGGAGAGAGUUGGAUGCGUAGAGACUACCAUGACCUGUAAUGAGGGGCAGUCACAAGCACUGAAGUGAGUUUCCAUUGUCUAGCAUUAGUGGGAUCUUGCAUUAACAUUGAUAGUAGACAUAUAAAAUAAAGGUGGUAAUGGUGGCAUAAUGUAAAAUAGAUCUUCAAUGAAGUGUGUGUAGGUUUUACAUCGUGCUUUCUGCCCAAGUAUAGUCAUUGCAGAUAUGUUGUUGUAGUAAUCCAAUAUCCAGCUGGCUCAAACCACUAUAAAUAUGGGAGAAAUACUGCAUGUGUUACAUUCUGUAUGCUAAUCUGGGUAGAUCUGCGCAUUUUAACUCUCUCUCUCGCUCUCAAUUAUUGGUAGUGACAAGGAUGAGGAAAUAUGCAAAAUGACCAGUCCUCUCCUCACUGUGCUCUUGUCUUACUGUGGCUGCUUGGUUUUAAAUUUUAAGGGAUCCAUCCCCCUUGAGUCUAUGGGGAGUGAUGUUUUGAUCCACUCAUUUAGUUCUUCCCACUCAUUUACUUUAAGGGAAUAGCAGUGUAGAUGUCCUCAAUUUUUCUUUGAAUCAAAAAAGCCUUGUUGCGUUGCAGUUCAGCUUCUUGGUUUAAUGUUUGUGGUGUUCCUGUUAACAGCAUUCUGUGUGAUGUUCUAGAUAAGAAGACCACUCAUGAGUGAUCUUUGUUAAUAUCUUUUACUUUUGCUGACAAAUUCUCUCUCCUUUUCUGCUCAGUCCUUACAUUAAAGCACUAGAGACUGAUAUAAAGGCUGAGUACGAGGACUGAUAUCUUGCUCUCCUGUCUUUCUGUCUCCAUCUAUCCCUCUUUUGCUCCCACUGGUUCGGACGAUGGAGGGAUGGGUCCUGAUGCUUAUUAAAAUCACUCCCGACACUGCUGAAUUUAGACUAACCUCACAUGCCACUAAGUUCUGCUCCGGUUGCUCGGAAUUUGAAAUUGUGACAGUUCUACAUUUGUAAUAUAGACAAUGGACCGCUAACGUUAUUUGUGGAAAGGUUGUGAGAUUAUAUGGGGAAAUAAAAGGCACGCUCAUUCACCCAUCUGGGAAUUUUCUCCCUCCAGCUCCCUCAUGGAUGGCAACUUUCUGGAUACAAACUGUAAAAACAAGGCAAACGACAAUCUUGGAAAAGGUGUAAUUAGUUCGGUUAGAUUUCCCUUCUCCGUGUGCGGCUAUUGUUUACAGUGCGUAUGGGAGAAUAUGGGGCGAUUUAGCCAUAACCUGAGCAUCUCUGACAUCUCGGCCUGGCCCUUCUCACUACCUGUGGAGGACUCCUAGUGGCCCACUGUCAACAACUUCUUGUAUGAUUUCUAUUUUUAUUAUAAUUGUCAUGGUUGCAGUUAUUAUUUUUUAAUUCUUUUUGUAUUACAAAGUGGUCUUUCUACAACUGUUUUGUACAACACCAACAUCACAAGUGAAGUUUUGUCUAUACAUUCCAAGGAAGGAUGUCAAUAUAUGAAGCAAUCAAGUGGACCCAAGUCAUCGAGCAUGUACGAAGGACAGCCCACCUAAGUGCUCUAUACUACUUUAAAUAAAAAAAAUGAAUAAAAAAAAACAAUCAGAAAAAAUUGCUGAAACUAGAGGCUUUCAGACAAAACAAGUGUGCACUAUGAUGUACAUGUACAUUUCCCACAGUGAUCUUGGGUUACUUGGUGUGGCUUCAUUCACUUCUGACCCUGCAAAGGCAAAGUGCGUUUACUUUGUAAAUAAGUUGCUGACAGCACUGGUGUGAACGAUUUUUCAUGUUGGUACAUUUUCAUAUAAAUAGUAUUACAACCCCAACUUUAUACCUCAUACUGUAUCCCUUAUUACCCAACAUACUUUUAAAAAAAAAGGGUCAGUUUCAGUUUUUUUUGUUGUUUUGUUUGUUGUUUUUUUGUUUGUUUGUUUUUUUUUUUUUGCUGAAACUGCACUUUGCCUUUGAGGAGCUGCGUUUAUUGAAAUUAGCACUUCAUUUGUUCAGCUACAGUUGAUGUCCAUUGUGUACAUAUCUAACCCCCCAGUCUGCAUAUUUACGAUAUGCCUCCAGGGCCUUCAAGCUUUGUUUUAUGUUAUAGCUGGAUUUUGGCACACACAGCCAGGUCUAAUUUGAUCUGUCUACAUUACAUGUGACCUCUUCAAGGCACACUGACAACAUAUAGGCUUGUACAGUGUAAACACACGUGCUCACAUAUACAGAUUGUGCUUUUGUUCGGACUGUGUACUCUGGUUACAGUAGCUGCUGAACUACACACAUUACAAUUUGCCGGUUUGGCCCUGAUGUAGAGCUCAGCAGAAAUGUGAGGAGGAAAAAAAAUAUUUUUCUAUUGCAGUGGUGUACAUACAGUCAAAUCAUCCCGGUUUCCCUCCGCCGUCUGUCCUUUUAUAAUUUGUUGGUGCUUUACAUUUCUGUUGGCUUUGUUGGUUUCAGGAGCUUCUAAAUUGAGCUCUGCUUUGGAGAUGUACUUUAUACCAAUGGGAAACAUUCUCUCUCUCUCUCUCUCUCUCUCUCUUCCUCCUCCUUCUUCUUCUUCUUCUUCUUCAUUUUGGACUCAGUGGAAGUGUGAUGUUUACAUGUACAGAUUUUUGAAAUUCUCAUUUUUGUUUUUGUUCUUGUUUUUGUCAUUAUUUGUUUUGUCUGAAAGCAGUUUUUCUCCUUCCUGCUUUCACACAGUACUUAAUUUAAUCAGAUUUCUUGUUUAUUGAAGGGAAAUGGAAACGUGUCUGAGUAAAAGUUUGUGUUCAUUUCAGCAGUGCUUAUAAAAGUCCUAUUUUGCUUUGCUCUGAUCCCGCUUUCAAACUGCUGACAGCAGGAAGACAAAAUGAAGGCUCACUGUAAAACGAUCCUCUGUUCUGACUGAAAGCCAGUACACGGCAGUCCAUUUCUUUGCAAUUAAAAGCCAUUUCCAUGCCCUUCACUGGGCUCGCAACAAGUAUUAAAUUACAAAAACAGACUGAAAACCUCAGGUAAAUGACUACUAUUUAUGUGAUUGUAAGUCUUACUGGCAGCCCAUUUCCCUCUUUAAUACCACAUAAAUUAUAUUAAAUGAUUAUUCCUUUUUAUAUUUAUUGUGUUCUGUAUAACAGUUGAGACCUUUUUCAGUACAUGUGGUUAAAUAUUUUAAUUCUUUUGAAAAGUGACAAAUAUAUAUGUGAAGAAGCUGAAAGAUAAAAAAAAAAAAAAUCAAUUUCUGUUUGUUUAAUUAGAAACAGCAUGGGUGACUCCUAACAUAUCACUUUGAUUAAAGAAAACCAAUGAUUUAAAAUGAUGCUUUCUCGAAGUGGGUUGUCACUACUGAGGUUUAAAAAAAAAUGUCUUCAAACAUGACAUUGUGUCUUUUUUUCCCCUCCCAAGCUGUUUGUCUGAAAGCUAAAUAUGCUAAUAAAAUUGUGUGCUAUAUAUCCA